CUUUAAAGGAGACCAAUGACUUUUGUGGUUUCCAUUUCAGUGGUCAGAUGCCCGUUGUACCCAGCCCAGCGUGCGUUCCAGACCUCAGCUCUGCUGAGGAGAGUCUCAGAUGAACAGAAACAGGAGCCGCCACCAUCUUCCUCCCAGCAACGUUUUGAAUCACACCCACCAGGUGACCAGGAGCCCCAACGCUCACAUCACAGUUACACUGAUCAGGGUGGUGAGGAAUCCGAGGACUAUGAGAGUGAGGAGCAGCUGCAGCAGCGAAUCCUAACAGCGUCGCUGGAGUUUGUGCCUACUCACGGUUGGACAGCAGAUGCCAUUGCAGAGGGAGCCAAGUCUCUGGGCCUCUCUGUUGCUGCAGCAGGGAUGUUUCAUAAUGACGGCAGUGAGCUGAUACUGCAUUUUGUGUCCCAGUGCAACUCUGAGCUCUCUAAUCUGCUGGAAGAACAGCAAAAGCUGGUGCAGCUGGGCCAGGCAGAGAAGAAGAAGACAGACCAGUUCUUGAGAGAUGCUGUGGAAGCCAGACUGAGGAUGCUCAUCCCAUACAUUGAGAAAUGGCCCCAGGCUGUAAGCAUUCUGCUGCUUCCACACAACAUCCCUUCCAGCCUAAACCUCCUCACUAGUCUGGUGGACGAUAUGUGGCACUAUGCAGGAGAUCAGUCCACCGAUAUUAAUUGGUACACUCGUCGGACAGUGCUGGCUGGCAUCUACAACACUACUGAGUUGGUGAUGAUGCAGGACUCGUCUCCUGACUUUGAAGAGACUUGGCACUUCCUGGAAAACAGAAUAGCUGAUGCCAUGAAGAUGGGUCAUACAGCUAAACAGGUACAGUCAACGGGAGAAGCACUCGUCCAGGGCCUAAUGGGAGCUGCAGUUACUAUAAAGAAUCUGGCGGGACUGAACCAGCGGCGGUGAAGAGAGAGGGAGCUGAGAGUCUGUGCCAUGCCCUUUGCCUAUAAGAAGAUUGACGGCAGAAUCCCAGUGCGCACAAGAAUAUAGAGCUAUCACAACAAUGAACAUCCCCUGCACUGUUAAAAUUUUCCCCUCUGCAGAAGCCUGUCUAGCACAAUGGCACAAGCGUCUAUGUUUGCUGGGAUUUGUAAAUAACUUAAGACCGGGCUUCCUAUUUUGAUUAGACUUUCCUAGUAUCCCAGGUGUAGUAAAAACACUGAUUAGUGCAUUAUUAGACAAUAGUGACGAAAGAUUGAUUGAACUGAAUUAGUCCAGCCCCCAAUGACAUCUUUCACUUGCACUCCCCCACUGCCCCAGUCCUGUAUAACGCAGAGACCACGUGUGCCUUGAACCCCUCCUGGACAUCAUGUUUUCACAUCACUGAUGGAAAUAACACUUUCAGGAAGAGACCUCACAGCAGGGGCCAGUGGGCAUUAUUAGCUGGUGCUCUUGGGAAGGCUGUUGUCGGGAUAUCCUGAGUGCCCCUCUCUCCACACUGUUUUUACCUGUGUGAACUCAUUCCUGGAUUUGUUUCUUAUGGGAGUAAUGCAAUCAAAGAUGGUCAUGACACUGGGUGCAGAGGUUGGGCAUACAGACAGCCCCCAACCAACCCACUAGUGACUAGCUGUAAAGCCUGCUUCUGAAUGUGUGAUCCACCCUGCUGCUGGGCUCCGGCCCCGGCAGCCACCUGACUUGUUUGUAAAUUAGUUAGAAACGAUUCUGUAAAGAAUUAAAAAAGUCCUAUUUAAAGUGG